AUGGGUGUACAGUUAACGAUCGCCGUCGCUGCACUCUCUGUGCUGAUUCGGCUGAUAGGCAUCUACGCCAAAUCCUUUCUCAAGCGUACAGGCGAUCCAGGGACGCAUACAUUGUUGAUACUUGCCCAAUAUCCGACCCUCUUACUCUAUGAGCUGCUGAUGCUUGAUAACCCAGUUCCAGCUAUCCCCUCUGACAUGCGGCCGAUCGUCCGCUUCUUUUACUACUUGUUCCACGAGCAAUGCAUCAUCCUCUAUCUGCAAGACUUGGCCAUUCGUUUCACGGUUAACGGAAUCCUGGCAUUACAGAAGAGGAGCUGGUCGCCAUUUGUCAACACAAGCCGACCAUUAGACAAGAUGACGCGAAAGCAAAUUGCAAAAAUUGUUAUCUUCGACGAAGUUAUGCUCUGGGCCUUGACUGCUUUUCAUAUCUCUCAUCGCACAUACCGUGAUCAGAGUGCUUGGGACAGAGUUCAAUUUCGUCUUGAGGACGCCAUGGGUUAA